AGCACAGUCUACACUGAACGGUGAGGAGUGAGGAGUGAGCGAGGGAAGGGAAGGGAAGGGAAGGGAAGGGAAGCGAGUCCAAACCUCUGCGGCGCAGAGCUGGAAAGCUGCUCUCCAAGCGAAAAACAGACCCUUUCGUCUUCUUACCUCUGCUUCUGGCAAAAGGACAUACAGUAGUAAAAGAGCUGCUCCGGGAAGGAGCGGGAGCAUCGUCGGCGCUACUUGGUAGCCAGUUUUCUUUUUAUUUUUUUAAUUUUUUUUUUUUUUAAUUUAUUUAAGUUCGCUUCUGCUGAAAGGACUUUGACUCUUACUUUUGCACUGAGAAGGAAGAAAGAAAGAAAAAAAUCUACCUCCCUCCUCUUCUCGUCACUCCAAUCAAUGUCAGUCGCCGUGCAUUAGAGAGAAAGUUUUCUUUCCUUUCGUUCCCCUCUUCCUUUCUUCCCUACCCCGCGAUCACAGCUGCAUGUUGAUCAAUCCAGCUGCGGUGGUGGGAGAACCCAAAAAAAGAGACUUUCGCAUGCGAAAAGCGUCGGGGGCGAGCGAGAAGUCGGGCUUUGCGGCGUUGGCAGGUACUUUCUCCUAUUUGCAACACAAAGACACGAUGAGCGCAGAUCUGAACAUGGGUCCGGAGCUGCCCACCAGUCCGCUGGCUUUGGAAUACGUCAAUGACUUUGAUCUCAUGAAGUUCGACGUGAAGAAAGAAGCCAUGUCGGGGCUCGAGCGCUCCUCCGUGCGACAGUGCAAUCGGCUGCAGCCGCAGGGCUCCGUGUCCUCGACGCCCAUCAGCACCCCGUGCAGCUCGGUGCCCUCCUCGCCCAGCUUCAGCCCCACCGAGCAGAAGAACCACUUGGAAGAGCUGUACUGGAUGCCCAACGGCGGUUACCACCAGCAGAUCGACCCGCAGACGCUGAGCUUGACACCCGAGGACGCCGUGGAAGCCCUGAUAGGAGCCACGGCCCACGGGCAUCCUCCGCCGCCGCACGUGCAGCAGCAGCUCCAGCAAGGCGGCUUCGAGGGCUACAGAGCGGCCCACCUGCACCACAGCCACAGCCACCCGCAGCAGCACCACCAUCAGUACCCCGGGAUUUCCCAUCACCCCAACGAGCUGCCGGGUCACCCGGGGGCGCACGAGCACGCGCACAGCCAGCAUCACCACCACCACAGCCAGGACCCCGACAGCCCAUCUCCUACCUCACCCGGAUCCCACCAACAGCUCCACCACCGCCACCACCACCACCACCACCACCCGCACGCCCACCCGGGUCAGCAGGGUCACCACAGCGCGGGAGCAGGCGGUGGCCUCAACGUGGAGGACCGCUUCUCAGACGACCAGCUCGUGUCCAUGUCCGUGCGGGAGCUGAACCGGCACCUGCGGGGCUUCACCAAGGACGAGGUGAUCCGCCUGAAGCAGAAGCGGCGGACCCUGAAGAACCGCGGCUACGCGCAGUCGUGCCGCUUCAAGCGCGUGCAGCAGAAGCACGUGCUGGAGAACGAGAAGACGCAGCUGAUGAACCAGGUGGAGCAGCUGAAGCAGGAGAUCAGCCGGCUGGCCCGCGAGAGAGACGCCUACAAACUCAAGUGCGAGAAACUGAGCGGCACCAACGGGUUCCGCGAGGCUGGGUCCACCAGCGACAACCCGUCCUCUCCAGAGUUCUUCAUGUCGCUUUAAUCUGUUAGGAGCAUGGGAUGAGGUCGGAUUAGUCUUUUUACUGUGAUUUUUUUCCUUUUUUUUUUUUCCCCUUUUUUUGACUGUUCAGAAAUAUCUUUUGAAAAGGCUGCGUUUGGAAGGAGACCAUUAAGACUUGCAUUCUGCACUUGCCCGACAAAAACAGAAAAAUAUGAGAAAGAAAUGAGAGACUCCACAUAUGCAAACUUUGUUUCUUUCCUGUACCCCAGUUGGAACCUAAAACUGUCGAAAUGGGGGGCAUUUUAUGCAACAUCUCAUUGGUUUAUUGCCUGCUUGGUUAUAUAUAAAUAUAUAUUAAAAACAAAAUCUGCAUUAAAUAUUAAUCCUGCAUGCUGGACAUGUAUGGUAAUAAUUUCUAUUUUGUACUUUCUUUUCCUUGUGUAUCUUAAAAGCAUGUUGUUGAUCUAAGAUUUCCAUUAGCUGUUUUUGGGUUUUAGAUAUGAAGUAGUGACAGUAUCAGACAUUACUGGUCGUGCAGUUUCACAUUGUUUGGGGUUUAUUUAGCUUGUAAAUACUACAUCAAACUGCACAGCGACAUUUAAGGAGGCUGGUUUUAAACUUCUUUUUAUUUUUUUAAAGAAUUCAUUAUUUGGGUAUUACCUUUCAGAGAUAUGGGCAUUUUUCGCAGUUGCAUUAAAAGACAACAAACUUUGUAUAUUAAGUGCACUUUUUUUGGAUCUUUCUUUGGUAUUUGCAGUUUUCAUUUUGGGUUUUUUGCUGACCACCUUUGAGGAAGACAUACUAUUUAGAUACAUUCUAUAUGAUUUUUUGCAAUCAGAGAAACAUUGCAGUUUUAAUAAUAAUAGAUUAUGGCCUACAGAAGUGUCAGAUUGAAUACUUUUCAAUUAUAUUUGCAGCUAAUAAACUGAAUUCAUUGUGAAACAUGACAUAAGGUUGUUUUGCCACUGGCUAAUGAGGUACACCUUAUACAUUGACUGUCAAGUAGGUUUGUAUGAAAUUAAUUUCAGUAGAUGUUCACAGAUCCACCUUUAAGCAAGAGUAUUUAGCAGCAGGUAGAGCUCAGCCAUCAAUUGCAUAACCCAUUUUCAUUAUAUAACAUAAAGGAAACUU